AUGCCAUCCAGCAGAGAGCCGUUUCAGCCCGAGGAGGUUGCUCUGCUUUUGGGGCGUCUAUUUCGAUUGUAUAUCUCCUACGCGCCAUACUCAUUCUUGUUUGAGUGGCUGGAGAAGACACCGGACCUCGAGGUGCGCUGUCGGGAUGCCACUGGAGAAAAGGUUCUGUUCACAACAUCUCCAGAACUCCUAAAAGCUAUUCACGAGUGCGAGAGGGUCACUGCACCAGAGAAAUUUCCGGGCCUUCCGAGUGACUGGGGGCUUUAUGGCCCGUUAUUUCGCCAGCUGUACUCUGAAAUGAUCACUGGCAUCAAGGGAGUCCAGGUCCUCUGCCCUCAUCAGAACCACUGGACUUUUAUUGUUCGGGAUCACUCAUGUGCACAUGACAUGGGACAGAAAGGGGAUCGCUAUAUCCUAAAGGGUGAAUUACUGGCAACCACCUCAAUCUUCUAUCACCAGAUGAACAAAAUGGUUUGGCUACCUGACAAAGACCGAUAUACAGCCAAGCUGAGAUACCAGGGUGGUUUAUUAACUGCUACCAUAGUGACAUUUACCCACGGCAAAGUACGCAUCGUCCAAGCCACUAUCAAGCCGUCGGAAAAGCACCCAACACUCAACCUGAUCCUGAGGGCCAUAUACACGCUCAACAACGCAAACUACGACAAAAAAGUAGCCUUUGAUGUUCUGAAAUGGAUUCUCGAUCCCCCGCAGGCAGAGCCUGAGACAGAGUUUAAGUCCACGGAGACGGCCCAAAAACUCCCUGAGAGAGUGAAGAAAUAA